UGGGUGGGGGGUGUGUGCCUGGUGUUGGAACCCAUCCCCUCUACCAAGAUGGCGUCGACGCGUCGCUUCCAGAAUCCGUACCCGGACUACAGUGGCUCCCUGGUGCCGAGCUGCACCAGGGAGGCGCUACUCCCCGUCGUGGCCGAGCUGGUGGACCGGGUCGUGUCCCACACGAGCGGCGCGGGAGGCCGUGGUAGCGGCGGCGGAGUCUACGUGGGGCCAGCGGGCGCGGCCUACAUGCUGGUUCGGGCCCUCGACGCUGGCCUGGAGGCGCCGCGGGACGUGAGCUACCUGGAGACGGCGUGGCGGCUGGGCGAGGCCGGGCUGCGCGGCGUCGAGCGGGACCCCGAGAGCCGGGCCUCCUUCCUGCUGGGUGGAGCGGGCGUGUAUGUGGUGCUGGCCAUGGUGAGCCUGCGCAUGGGGCAGAGGGAGCGUGCGUUGGAGUUUGCGUCACAGUACGCAGCACUCUACGAGGUGUGCGUGCAGCCGCGGUUUCUGCCGUGUGGUUCGGAUGAAUUGUUCGUGGGGAGAGCCGGGUUCCUGCACGGGGCCGAUUACCUCUCCAGAGAGCUGGGGGUCCCAGUGCUGUCCCGCGAUCAGAUUGCGUGUCUGUGCAGCGUGAUGGUGACGUCAGGCGAGGAGUACGCUAGCACCACGCGCAGCGCUAGCCCCCUCAUGUACGCCUACUACGGCACUGAAUACCUGGGGGCGGCGCACGGCCUCUGCGCCGUGCUGCUGGUGCUGCUGUCCCACGUGGACGUGCUGGACGAGCGGCAGGCGGCCCUCGUGUGGGGCGCCGUUGACUUCCUGCUGCAGCUGCAGGGCCCAGAGGGGGCCGCUCCGGGGGCUGACAACUGGGCCCCUGCCAUGGGGGAGGGGCGACCGCGGGUGGACGCGGAGGAAUUGGUGCACUGGUGCCAUGGGGCGCCUGGAGUGGCCCACCUGUUUGCUCGCGCGUUUGUGUCUUCGCGCGAGCCGCGUUUCCUGCGUGCGUGUGAGCGCUCGGGCGAGCUGGUUUGGCGCAAGGGGCUGCUGAAGAAGGGGCCGGGCGUGUGUCACGGCGUGGCCGGGAACGCCUACCUCUUCCUGCUGCUACACCGCCUCACCGGGGAGCAGCACCACCUCUACCGUGCACAGAGGUUUGCGGAGUUCCUGCGGACCCCGGAGUUUGCGUCUGGGGCUCGCACUCCGGACGCGCCGCACAGCCUCUACGAGGGCCUCGCUGGCACGGCCUGCUUCCUGCUCGACCUCCUCAACCCCGCCAGCGCCCACUUCCCCCUGUUCGACGCCUUUCUCUGAGCGCGGCACAACCACAGGGCACAACCACGCGGGGCACAACCACACGGCACAACCACGCAGCACAACCACACGGCACAACCACGCGGAACAACCACACGGCACAACCACGCAGGGCACAAUCACGGGGCACAACCACGCGGUUAGGUAGCUGCCGGUGCCUAUCACCACCAUCACCACCUCCACUACCUCCACCACCGCCACCACCACCACCACCACCACCUCCACCACCACCACCACCACGCCCAUCGCGACGGCCGCCGUGCCUCCUGUGUUGUGACGCUCAAGCGCCACCACACCACUCGCUCACCCCUACAGCUUCACAGCUGCUGCUGCUGCUUGUUGUUGUUAUUGUCGUCGUGUUUACUUUGUUACCCCCAUCCCCCCGCCCGUCCGCACCUCCGAUUAGCCGC